AUGGGGCUGUGGGUGCUGCUGCCCAGCUGGGUUUCUGCUACGUUGCUACUGGCACUGACUGCCCUGCCCGCAGCCCUGGCCGCCAACAGCAGUGGCCGAUGGUGGGGCAUCGUGAACAUAGCCUCCUCCACAAACCUGCUAACGGAUUCCAAGAGUCUACAGCUGGUACUAGAGCCCAGUCUGCAGCUACUGAGCCGCAAGCAGCGGCGACUGAUCCGACAGAACCCGGGAAUCCUGCACAGCGUGAGUGGAGGGCUGCAGAGCGCAGUGCGAGAGUGCAAGUGGCAAUUCCGAAACCGCCGCUGGAACUGCCCUACCGCUCCCGGGCCCCACCUCUUCGGCAAGAUCGUCAACCGAGGCUGCCGGGAAACAGCAUUUAUCUUCGCAAUCACCUCCGCUGGGGUCACACAUUCGGUGGCACGUUCCUGCUCCGAAGGUUCCAUUGAGUCUUGCACCUGUGACUACCGGCGGCGCGGCCCUGGGGGACCCGACUGGCACUGGGGAGGCUGCAGCGACAACAUCGAUUUCGGCCGCCUCUUCGGCCGAGAAUUCGUGGACUCUGGGGAAAAGGGGCGGGACCUGCGCUUCCUCAUGAACCUUCACAACAACGAGGCAGGGCGCACGACCGUGUUCUCUGAGAUGCGCCAGGAGUGCAAAUGCCACGGAAUGUCCGGCUCCUGCACAGUGCGCACGUGUUGGAUGCGACUGCCCACGCUGCGCGCUGUGGGCGACGUGCUGCGCGACCGCUUCGACGGCGCCUCCCGCGUCCUUUACGGCAACCGGGGCAACAACCGCGCUUCGCGGGCGGAGCUGCUGCGCCUAGAGCCGGAAGACCCCGCGCACAAGCCACCCUCCCCUCAGGACCUUGUCUACUUCGAGAAAUCGCCCAACUUCUGCACAUACAGCGGACGCCUGGGAACAGCCGGCACAGCCGGGCGUGCUUGCAACAGCUCUUCUCCCGCGCUGGACGGCUGUGAGCUGCUGUGCUGUGGCCGGGGCCACCGUACGCGCACGCAGCGCGUCACGGAGCGUUGCAACUGCACCUUCCACUGGUGCUGCCACGUCAGCUGCCGCAACUGCACGCACACGCGCGUACUGCACGAGUGUCUGUGA